UAGAGUUGACGCGUGUUUGCCGCCGUCGUAGGUCUCUCGGGGAAGUUUUAUUGUUAAGUACCCUUGCAACACAUCGCAACCUAGUGUGCAACGGUGCGAUAUUGUGUCCAUCGCUGCUUUUUACCGGAACAGUGAUCUAAUUGAAAGUCGUCAAUAGUGGGAAAUUAGGACGUCGAUAAAUUUCACCUGAACAUUGACGUUCAAUGUGCAGCGAUGACUUCGGAAAACGUAAAAGUCAUUGCGAGGUGUCGGCCGAUGAACGCGAGAGAACGGGCGUUAAAUAGUAAGAACGUAGUGUUUAUAGACUCGGAGAAAUGCACUUGUUCAAUUGUCAAUCCCACGGACGGUUCGGCGCCGCCGAAAACGUUUACUUUCGACGGUGUAUACGGGCCCGAUUCAAACACGGAGCAGAUAUACAACGACAUUGCUUAUCCUUUUGUAGAAGGGAUAUUAGAGGGUUACAACUGCACGGUGUUUGCGUACGGGCAGACUGGAUGUGGUAAGAGUUUCUCGAUGCAGGGUGUAGACUCGCCACCGAAUCAACGUGGAAUCAUACCCAGAGCUUUCGAACACGUCUUCGAGGCAAUAUCUGUCACGGACGACGUUAAGUUUUUGGUGCUGGCCUCGUAUAUUGAGAUCUAUAACGAGGAAGUGAGAGACCUGUUGAGUACGGACACCAAACGGAGACUUGAGUUGAAGGAAAAUCCGGAGAGAGGAGUCUACGUACACGAGUUAUCACAUCAUGCCGUGCAUGACGUGAUCGAAUGUCAAAAACUCAUGGACCAAGGUUGGAGAAAUAGAGCUACUGGAGCCACUAUGAUGAACGCUGACUCUUCCAGGAGCCAUUCGAUUUUUACCAUAUCCGUGGAAAUGAUGUCAAUGUCGCAAGGUGUGGAUGACGUUAAGUCAAUAAAACGAGGCAAGCUAAGUCUGGUUGACUUGGCGGGCAGCGAACGUCAGGCGAAAACCGGAGCCUCGGGAGAUAGACUGAGAGAAGCCACGAAAAUCAAUCUCUCUUUGUCGGCUUUGGGCAACGUGAUAUCAGCCCUGGUUGACGGAAAAGCAAAACACAUACCGUACAGGGAUUCAAAACUCACCCGACUGCUACAAGAUUCUCUCGGCGGAAAUACGAAAACGUUGAUGGUUGCUUGUUUGUCGCCUGCUGACAAUAACUAUGACGAGACCUUGUCGACAUUAAGGUACGCCAAUCGCGCCAAGAACAUAUACAACGAACCGCACGUGAACGAAGAUCCUAAAGACACGAUGCUGCGUCAGUAUCAAGAACAGAUAAAAAAACUCAAAGAACUGCUCGAAGCUUCCACUGCUCAAUUUCCCACGAGUAACGACCAGAAUGAUGUUUCCGAGAAAGAAAAAUUGCGACUGGAGUAUCAAGACGAAAUGAUUAAACUAAGGGACAAAUACCAAGAAGAAUAUAAUUCCAAGUGUCAAAUGCAAGCAGACUUGAAAAUGUUGAAAGAAAAGUACGACAAAAACUUGGCAAAGAUCUCGAACCAAAACGACAAUACUUGCAGGACAUCAUCCCCGCAGCAGAUCGUCGAAAAAGCGUUAAAGAGCAAUCGAGUAGAAUUAAAUUCGUCACAACAGGAAAUAUUGAAGAGGUUGAAAAAACUGCAAGAGAGUAUGGUUGGCGGUGAGCGAGUUAACGACAAAGAGCUCCAGGAACGCCGAUUGCGCAAGAAAAAAGCAGCCGAGAGACGGUUAAACGCGUUGGCGAAGGCACUGGCCACCGUCGAGACCGAAGACGGACCGAACUUGGUGUUGGGCGUGUACGACGAUAUACAGGAAGAGUUGAGGGCCAAGAACGAAGCGUUGAAGAAGUAUAGACAAAAAUUGAAAGCGUCGGACAGAGAGGUGGCGGACAUUCAAAGCGAAUUUGAAAACGAGCGAACGGAUUAUUUAGAAACAAUCAGAAAACAAGAGCGACAGAUCAAACUGCAGAGUCAAAUUUUAGAAAAAAUCGUGCCAACAUUAUCGAAAGAAUGCAAUUAUAGCAACUUGGAGAGGCUGAAAGAAGAUGCGGAAUGGGAGGAGGACACGCAGAGUUGGAUAUUGCCGGAGCUAACGAGGAUAAAACUGCCUCCGGCUUCAGGCACGUUAACACAACCCGCCAACGGUUCGGCGGCGUUUAGCACGUUCGAAAAUGGCAGAAGGAAGAUGUCGUUGGGCAUAUUCAACACGUUGGCCGGUUUGUCGUUCGACAAAUCUUCCAGUUCGGAGAGCAGUCGGCGGUCGUCGUCACCGGAUGUGCCAGCCGUUUACGAUCAGAAGUAUCAGAAAUCGGCAGAAGACGAUUUUGCCGGCAAUUACUUUAAACCGAAACGAGCUACCGAGUUGCUGAUACAAUCCUACGGAGAGUCUGGUAGACCGUAUCAUAAAUGGAAAGGACACAGACGAAUAUCACCAGAAAAUACAGUUAAAAAGCCGUCGAAAUUAGAAUCUCUCCUUCCGGUUAUCGGUGACCGAAAAUUACAAAAGAAUACCUUAGAUAGAAUUUAAAAAAAAAAUGUUCCUAAAUUUGA